AUGUAUUUCGGAUACUCAUCAUCACAAAGAAAUACCUCUACAUUCUUGGUGGAGAAUGAAUCAUUAUUACUAUCAACUGGCAAACAUAUAGUUUUAACCACAUCAGGACAACAGAAAGCUGUUGGUUAUACUUAUGAUCAGAUAAGAGAGGUACUUUGUGAUUUUAAACAACAGCAACAACAAGCACAACAAAAUGAAAAAGAUAAAAUAUCGAGUGAUAGAUUACAUCAGUGGAUUGACUUUCAAGGUUUAGAUGAAAGAGAGCUCAAUGAUAUUUGUAAUUUAGUUGGUAUACAUUAUUUAACAAAAAAAGAUAUUAUUAAUCAAGGUACAAGAGAGAAAUGUGAAUUCUUUCAAAAUCAUAUAUUUAUUGUUGUGAAUGAGAUACACUAUGAAGAGGGUUCCAAUAACUUGGUAUCGGGAUAUCAUAAGCAUUCUACUGCGUGCCGACGAGAAGAUCAUUCCGAAAUUCACUCAGCGCUACCUGAGAAACGUGCAAGAUCACACGGUCAGACUACUGCAAAAGCUGACACUCUCUCAGAAGCUACUUAG